AUGCGUAUGUGGUGGGGGAAGUCAUCAUCGAAAGAAUCAAAAAAGAAAACAACCAAAGAAAGUUUCAUCAACACAUUACAUAAGAAGUUCAAGAGCCCAGAAAGCAAAUCUUCCGGUAGAUCAGGAGCCGUCAGAAGUCGGUCGGGUGACACUUUUUCUGAAAGAGGUUCUCAUUCGAGAUCACCAUCACCUACAAAACACGUAGCCCGAUCACAAAGUCUUGCCGAACGGGCUCAAGCCCAACCGCUCCCUUUGCCUGGCCUGGGAUCUGCGAAUGUAUUCCGUACAGAUUCUGCAAAAAGUGAACCCGCAAGACCAAAACAAGAACGGGCCUCAAAACCAUCGUUGUUUUUGCCUCUCCCCAGGCCCGCUUGCAUUAGGCACAGGCUGGAGCCGACCGAUUUGGAUGGUGACUUGGCUGUAGCUUCUAUUUCUAGUGAAUGUUCAAUUGAGAGUGAUGAUCGAAAUGAAAUCAAUAUCGGAAGUAAAGCUGCAGCAGUCAUCCCUUUAAGCAACUCUAUAAAGGAUCAGUCACCUAUUGCACCGCAACUCCCAAAGGAGUUACCACUACCUAAAAGGCGUCCUCUGAGCCGCCAAGUGUCGAAUCUACAGGUUCCUUUACGUAGCGUGCUUUACAGCGCACCAGAUAGCUCGAUUUAUAGUCCUUCUAGAAGUCCCAUAAGGCCUUCUGCUAACGAGCAGGCAGCAAAUUUGGCUUUUCCCGCUGGGAAGCUUUAUCCGGAGCAUUUCUUUCUUUGGUCCGGUCAAUGUUCCAGUCCCGGCUCGGCCGAGACCUCCGGGCAUAAUUCAGUGGGAGGAGACAUAUUGGGCCAAUUGUUUUGGCAGCCCAGUCGAGGAAGCCCGGAGUACUCUCCAACUCCAAGCCCACGAAUGACGAGCCCAGGCCCGAGUUCGAGAAUUCAAAGUGGGGCUGUGACACCACUUCAUCCUAGAGUUGGAGAUGAUGGUAAACAGAAAAGUCACAGAUUGCCUCUUCCUCCCGUAACAAUUUCUAGUUCCUCGCCAUUUUCCCAUUCGAAUUCGGCUGCCACGUCACCUUCUGUACCGCGAAGUCCUGGACGAGCAGAAAAUCUUGUGAUCCCGGGCUCGCGUUGGAAAAAGGGGAAGCUGCUCGGGAGGGGAACGUUUGGUCAUGUAUAUGUUGGUUUUAAUAGUGAAACUGGAGAGAUGUGUGCCAUGAAGGAGGUAACGUUAUUUGCCGAUGAUGCAAAGUCGAAAGAAAGUGCGAAGCAGCUUGGACAGGCGAGUCUCUUGAUCAUUAUCCUUACGGAGAGCUCGACUUGUUCUGAGAUUGCAUUGUUGAGUCGCUUAAAGCAUCCUAAUAUUGUACACUAUUAUGGAUCAGAAACGGUGGAUGAUAAGUUGUAUAUUUAUUUAGAAUAUGUAUCUGGUGGUUCUAUCCACAAAAUCCUACAAGAAUAUGGAAAACUAGGAGAAUCCGCUAUUCGCAGUUACACUCAGCAAAUCCUGUCGGGGCUUGCUUAUUUACAUGCCAAAAAUACUGUGCACAGGGAUAUUAAAGGAGCGAAUAUACUUGUGGACCCAAAUGGUCGUGUUAAGUUAGCAGAUUUUGGCAUGGCAAAGCAUAUUACAGGCCAAUCAUGUCCUUUAUCAUUUAAGGGUAGUCCUUAUUGGAUGGCACCUGAGGUCAUAAGAAACUCAAAUGGGUCUAGCUUACCUGUCGAUAUAUGGAGCCUUGGUUGUACUGUUUUAGAAAUGGCUACAUCAAAACCUCCUUGGAGUCAAUAUGAAGGGGUGGCAGCUAUGUUCAAGAUUGGAAAUAGCAAAGAACUUCCAACUAUACCCGAAUACCUUUCGAACGAAGGCAAAGACUUUGUGAAGCUGUGCUUGCAGCGAAAUCCCCAGCAUCGCCCCACGGCCACCCAACUUCUCGAGCACUCUUUUGUGAAAAAUCUGGAGAAAAACAUCUCACCGUCAGAUCAUCCACCUCAUGUGAACAAUGCUGUCAAAUCAACGGGCAAUGGCCAUGCAAGAAGUCUUCAGCAGUUGGAUACUGAGGGACUUGCUAUCCACUCGUUUAGAGCAUCGAAAUCUAAUUUUCAUUCGAGUGACAUUUACAUCUCGAGGAACAUUUCAUGUCCGGUGUCUCCAAUUGGGAGCCCUUUACUCCGCCCGAGGUCACCUCGACAACCGAACGGGAUGGUGUCACCUUCUCCUAUAUCCAGCCCACGCACGACAUCAAGCACGUCACAAGGGUAUUUUGGUAAUUUGACAAAGCAGCCUCCGAGCCCCCGUGGCUAUAGCCCCUCUUAUUGGGACCCCCACAUUCUACUAGGGCGGCCCGUCAGUGGAGAAAUUUACGAUGGGCGGUCGGGUUUGGUGGAGAUCCCGGGACAGCAGGCCCAUCUUUUGAAUUAA